CAACCGCCGUAAAACCAGAAGAAGAAGAAAACGGCGGCGUUCACAAUGGCGGUGAUUUGGCUGCGAAAAUAAACAGCCCGUGUUGCAAUUUGAUGCGGUCGUAAUCAUCGCAUUUAAUCUGUUGUCACAUCUGUCUCUGUAUUAGUGUCAUAAGAAGGAGUCACGUGUGGUGUUGGUGAGCGAGCAGCCAUCGUCUGCUGUAGUUAACGUUCAUUUCUUCGUUCCCUUAACGAUGCCGCUGGGCUUGAAGCCAUGCUGUGCUGUCUGCAAGACCACCUCGUCCUCGAUGUGGAAGAAAGGGAACCAGGGAGAGAUCCUCUGCAACAACUGCACAGGGAAGAGCUGCAGCGGCGGCGCGUCGGGACCCUCCAUGUCCUCCAUCACUCAGCCCAGCAAUGGCGGGGGAAAGCAGUCCAAGCAGGAGAUCCACAGGAGGUCUGCACGGCUGAGAAGCACCAAGUACAAAGCUCCUGCGUCUGAGAAGAAGGUGUCAACAAAAGGAAAGGGGAGAAGACACAUAUUCAAGCUAAAAAAUCCAAUCAAAGCACCAGAAUCUGUUGCAACAAUCAUCACAUCUGAAUCAGUAUUUUAUAAGGGUGUAUACUACCAGACAGGAGAUGUGAUCAAGGUAACGGAUGAGGAAGACGGGAAGCCGUACUAUGCUCAGAUUCGAGGAUUCGUGCAGGACCAGUACUGUGAAAAGAGCGCUGCACUGACCUGGUUAAUCCCCACACAGGCGAGUCCAAAGGACCUGUUUGAUCCUGGGACAUACAUCGUUGGUCCGGAGGAGGAUCUGCCCAGAAAGAUGGAGUUCCUGGAGUUUGUGUGUCACGCCCCCUCUGAAUAUUUCAAGUCCCGGAGCUCUCCGUUCCCCACCAUCCCCAUCCGAGCAGAGAAAGGUUACAUCUGGACCCACAUCGGCCCGACACCAGCCCUCCCCGUCAAAGAGUCUGUCAGUGGCAGCAGUUAACACCGCUGUGAUAUGGACUUAAAGUGUGUUGCUUUAAAACAGACGCAUGUACAUUGAUGUAAUAUAAUGAAAACUAAAACAUGGUUAACCACUGCCAUUACUUCAGAAACCAGUUGUAAUGUCAAACAAGUUGUUUACAUAUUACUUUUGUAUUUAGUUACAAACAAAAAAAGCUUUUUCCACCACCUUCUCUGUGAUUGUUUCAGAAAAUGGUAUUUAUUCAUUGAUGAAGUUGUGGGAAAUAGUUAGGCCAUUUUGUUUUCUUUUGUGAAUUAAACUGUAAAUAUAAUGUGUAUGUUAAUUUAUUAAUAGAAUAAGAUGUUUGCAAAGUUACGGUGAUAGAACCCGUGUAGAUCUGAUCUCAUUCACAGCUGAGUUGUGUGAAGAUGUUCUACGGUGGUGUGUUCUUGAGACUGUAGAACAUGUUGAUGGUUCUAUGAUGUGGAAAUGAAACUGGUGGUCAAAGCAUACUUUUAACCUGAAUACAGCAUCAAGAUCAUACAGAUUAUGACUAAGAUUAAAUUCUUCUUAAUUUUUAUUCAGCAAUUGCACAAAUUGUUAGUAAGAAAUGUCAAAAUAGACAUUUAAGCCAACAUGCCAGGGGGGGGGGCAAUAUAUA